AUGGCCAGUUUUUCACUUCUUUGGGCCUGGCUCUUUGCGGCAUCUCUUGCGGAAGUCGCCUCGACUGAGUUCUUCAAAAUUCGCAGCGCUCUUGCCCCACACAAGUGCAUCACCCGCUCCGACUACUACCAGCGUUUCCUGGAGUUGCGAGAAUGCUCAGCCGGCUCAGCCGCAAGGGGACGGAACUCAAAUGAUGUUUGGUACUUCAACAAAACAUGGCUUGUCAACCUCGAGCAACUUGAUGACGGUGAUGGGACCCUCCAAGCGAUGUGUGUCACCUUUGACAGGGCAUACUACUAUCACCACGGGCGCCCCUUAUGGCUCCGCGCCUGUCAAGAAGGCCAGCCAGGCAUGGAUUGGGUUUGGGAAGAUGACCACAUCAGACACGUCCACACUGCUUACGUCUUCGACCUGCCCGGUCACAACAUUACCGACUUGGGUCGCAAUCGCACAGCGCCAGACUGGCAGGACCUGAGCUGGUUUGGAUGGCCACAAGUUCAGCUUGGAUCCCGAGACAAUUCAACCUCAAGUGACCAAGUUUUCUUCAAGGAGAUUUUGUCAAGCAUGGAGAACCACAGCCAGUCCUUCGAACCCCUUCCGGCAACGGAGGUCCUGCCCGAUUUUCCACCGGAAAACUACAAUCUGUGCCCGGAUGGAUCCUUUGGUGAGCGAAAUGUAUGUCCAUGGCAUCGCAGGGCGUAUCAAGAGGAAUGGUUGUGCAAAGGUGGCACUCUAACGCAACGAUGUGUUUGUUUCCCAGGAUACUUCCCUCUCGCAGUGGGAUAUCUUCCAAAUGUGAGUCACUUGGGCGAGCUUGCUUACACCUGCUGCCGAGGAGAAAGCAACUCCGACGGGUGUGGAGAUAUCGUGAUUUGGCUUCCGCUCGCUGUUGCUUUGACUAUCCUAGGUGGUCUUGGUGUGUUGACAACCAGCCUGAUGAUCUACUGCCACAGCCCAAGCAUAGCCCCUGCUACAGAAGAAGAUCUUCAUGUUCUUUGUCCGCAACUCGUGCAUGACGGUGCGGUCGUACACAGAACAGUGGAGCAAGCAAAGUGGGGUGUGAGCUUGGACGACUUGUACCAGUUCAAGCGGUUGGUGCAUCAUGCUGUGAAGUCAGGGAGUAUCAGGCCAACAGAUCUAGACCAGUUUUCUGCAUCAGACGUAAUGGUAGGGCCAUCGGCAUACACUGUCAACGAUCAGAUGAUCCGGCCGGUGACUGCAGCUGCUGGAAAUGUCAGUUGGGCGUUGAUGAAGCACCCUGAGGGGUGCUUAUGCGACCUGUUCGUCACUCACGGCUGGGCUGAGGGCGUUUUUGACUUUGUCGAGAAGGUUGUGAGUUCCUGGCCAAGAGCAGCUAGAGGGGCGUACGUUUGCUUCCUGUCCAAUCCACAAAACCUGGACAUUGCGGAUUUGAUACAGACACUUCGCGUUGUAAGCACUGGCUUCGCUGGCUUCGGAGCGGGCAUGUUGUAUCCACUACCAGGACUCGAGUGGUACGGCAUAAGCUGGGACAACUGGGCUUUGCACGAGAACUUGUGGCUUGCUUUCACUUGCACGGGCCUAUCACUCGUUGCCUUUUCGUCGCUGACCACGACCUUCACCUGCUGCUUCAGGAGAGCGACGGCGACAAUCCCAAUAGCAAUUCAUUGUAUGACUGCCUCCCUUACAUUUUCCAUAGCGAUGAGGGCCUCCUUCGAUGGUUUGACUAAUCUGCCAAAUCUUUUUCGCCUUGUGUUGAUAGGCGUUGGAUCAACGGGGCUGGAGGUGGACUGGCACCGCACCACAAGAGCUUUGCAGCAAGCAGAUCAGCUCGCAAAGGGCUUCGCAGGAACCGUCAGGCAGGCCACAAGCUCUAGUGCCGAAGAUCUCCGAAGAAUCCUUCACGAGAUUGAGGAACAUGAGCAAGUAGAUGCCAUUGACGACAUGAUAGCUUCGUUGAUUGCAAUCAAGAUUUCUACCGUGCAGACCCGCUCGGUGCUGGAGGUGACGGGUCAACUCAAAGACAUGUCGGAUUGGAGCAGAGCCUUGUUCUCUGUGACCGCUCUCGGGUUAAUCUGGCAGUUCCGACAGGUGUACGUUUACAGGAUUAUGGAAGAUGGCAUGGUCAUGGGAUGGCUCUUGAGGGUGUUUGCUGGUAUUGAAGCCCUGCUUUGGCCAAUAAUCUUCCUCAGUCAUCCAGUCGAGUCAAAGGCAUUCGCAGAGAGAUGUGUGAAAGUCUGCGUGCUGCUUCUCCCAGGCUGGAUUGGUGAAGCGUGGUUGGGGGUCUCCUUCGAAGUUGUCGCGCACAUGUGCGUGAUCCCCCUAAUGAUGAUCCUAGCGGCUCUUGGCCCAGGACGGAUCUCUCGCGCCCCGGUUCUUGGACCAGCCCUGAUCCGCAUGCUGUUUUGGCAGAUUCCGUGCCGCCCAAAAACAGGGCUGAGGCACCCGAAGGGUGACCAGCCUAUUGACAACGAUAACGCUGAGCACCCAAGGGUGACCAGCCUAUUGACAACGAUAACGAUGGAGUGA